AGGGGUAGCUUGUUUAUAGGAGUGAGUGUGCACGUAUGUGUAGGCGUAUGUAUUUGUGUUUUGAAAAAAAAAAGUUAAUCCAUAAAUAUGAUGAUAUAGGUCAUGUUUAGAAGUCUGGAUAUUUUUAUGAGUUUCUCUAGAAGAUUGAGCAGGUUCUACUGAAUCCCAACUUGCAAGGUGCCAAACCUUGAUGAUUUUAUUUAUAAAGAAACAGAAAAUUCUCCUAUAAAACCGAAGUGAUCACUCUCCUCCCGAGCUCGAAGGAGCAACAAUGGCGGAUCAGAUCGAGCACCUCCACCUCCCCAUCCGUGGCCUCAACCUCCACAUCGCUCAAGUCGGCAAAGAUGAGCUCGGGACGGUGGUGUUCUUGCACGGGUUCCCGGAGAUAUGGUACUCGUGGCGCCACCAGAUGCUCGCCGCGGCGGCCGCCGGGUACCGCGCCGUCGCGCCGGACUGGCGCGGGUACGGGCUGUCGGGGCAGCCGCCGGAGCAGGAGGAGGCGACAUGGGACGACCUCGUCGCCGACGUGCUUGCCAUCCUCGACGCGCUCGCCGUGCCCGGGGCGUUCCUGGUGGGCAAGGACUUCGGCGCCAUGCCCGCCUACGACUUCGCGCUCCGCCACCCGGCGCGCACCCGCGGCGUGGCGUGCCUCGGCGUCCCCUUCAGCCCCGCCCCGGCCUCCUUCGACGCCAUGCCCGAGGGCUUCUACGUCCUCCGCUGGCGCGAGGCGGGGAGGGCGGAGGCGGACUUCGGGCGGCACGAUGUGCGGCGGGUGGUGCGCACCAUCUACAUCCUCUUCUCCGGCGCCGACAUCCCCGUCGCCAAGGAAGGGCAGGAGAUCAUGGACCUCGCCGACGCCUCCACGCCGCUGCCGCCGUGGCUCACCGAGGCCGACCUCGACGUCUACGCCUCGCUCUACGAGAACUCCGGCUUCCGCUUCCCCCUCCAGAUGCCUUACAGGGCGGUACAUAGGAGGCCAAGCCGGAAGGACGCGAGGUUCGAGGUGCCGGUGCUGAUGGUGAUUGGGGAGAAGGACUACGCGUUCAAGUUCCCGGGGUUCGAGGCCGCCGUGCGGGGCGGCGCCAUGGAGAGGUUCGCGCCGGAGCUGAAGAUCGAGUUCCUCCCGGAGGGGAGCCACUUCGCGCAGGAGCAGCUCCCGGAGCAGGUCAACCGGCUCCUCCUCGGCUUCUUCACCGAGCACCCGGUUGCCGCCGAUUGAGAUCCUCUCUCUACCUUCGAAGUGAUCACGCGUUUAUCACUGACAUGUGAAUCUAGAGUUUACUGGACUCACUCACAUGUUAGUAAUAAAGUCACGUAACUUACAAGAUAGACUAUCUUAACGUAAUAAAAUAGGGACGUCUAGAAGCAAAGUGUAAUAUUGGGAUCAAGUAUUGUACUCGCACACAAUUUAUAAUCCACGUGUAAUAGUGGGAGUGAAUGUGACCGUGGGAAUAAUUUGUAAUUUAAUAAUUUUAAAGUUUAAAAUUAGUACUACCUCUAUUUUA